AUUAACACACACAUAAUUGAUAAUAUACCCUCUCUCCAUUCAUCGUUUUCGGUGUAUCAGAACUGAAGGUUUCAGGAUUCCACUGUCGGAAUCGCUUUCUUCUCCGUUUCAAUAUCAAACACACGCUACUUUCUUCUUUUAUCCAUACUUCAACUACUUAGAUAUCCCAUAAACAAAAACCCCCCAAAUCCAAUUUUCUCCUUUUUUGUUUUUUCAGCCCUCAACUGAAUUUCCCAACCGCGAUCAUUGCAACUACUGAUUGCUUUCGUAUUAAACACUUCUACAGCCCCCAAAUUCCCAAAUCAAUGGUGCCCUUCAUCUGGGGCACUUAAUUUCAAUCAUAUACGCCAAUUUCUAUUCAUUAAACACUUGCCCAGUUGCUCGGAAUCUUCCUUUCAUUCCCCAAAUCAAAUGGGUCGCUCUCGAGGCAAUUUUCAGUCCGACGAGGACCCCACUCAGAGAUCUAGGAGAAAAAAAAAUUCUUCUAGUGGAGAUAAUUUGGAAUCUACAACGCCAGGUCAAGGGACAACUGAAGGCAAAAAAGCUUUAUACCACUGCAAUUAUUGCAUUAAAGACAUUACAGGGAAAAUCCGCAUCAAAUGUGCCAUGUGCCCUGACUUUGAUCUUUGUAUAGAAUGCUUUUCUGUUGGGGCUGAGUUGACACCUCAUAAAAGCAAUCACCCAUACAGGGUUAUGGAUAAUUUAUCGUUCCCACUCAUUUGCCCAGACUGGAAUGCAGACGAUGAAAUAUUACUUUUAGAGGGGAUUGAGAUGUAUGGCUUCUGGAAUUGGGCAGAAGUUGCAGAGCACGUUGGAACAAAGAGUAAAGAACAAUGCAUAGAACAUUAUUCAAGUGUAUAUAUGAACUCCCCAUAUUUUCCUCUACCGGACAUGUCUCAUGUUGUUGGAAAAAAUAGAAAGGAGCUCCUUGCUAUGGCUAAAGGACAUGGUGAAGACAAGAAAGGAUUUUCAAUGCUUGGAGAGCUUAAUUUGAAGGCAGAGUCCCCAUUCUCUCCUUCAAGAGUGAAAGUUGAAGAUACACAUAAAGUAGAUCCUUCUGGCCGUUUAUCAUCAAGCUCUACGUCAGAAGGCAGCUUCAAUAUGGCCACUGCCACUGCCAACAAGAAAGCAUCAUCUGCAAAUCAAGUUAAAGAUAGCCUCGUUAAAGUGGAAGAUUCUCAAACCGACCGGAUCUUUAAAGGGAAGAAACCUAAUAUACAAGCAAAUAAGGGUCCUUCUUUACUAGAGUUGAGUGGCUACAAUGAAAAGAGACAGGAGUUUGAUCCAGAAUAUGAUAAUGAGGCUGAGCAGCUGUUAGCGGAGAUGGAAUUUAAGGAUGCUGAUGGCGAGGAUGAGCGAGAGCUGAAAAUGAGAGUUUUGCGUAUAUACUCUAAGAGGCUAGAUGAGAGGAAACGGAGAAAAGAUUUUAUACUACAAAGAAAUUUACUUUAUCCAAGUUCCUUUGAAAAGGAAUUAUCAGCUGAAGAGAGGGCAAUAUGUCGUCAAUAUGAUGUCUUCAUGCGUUUCCAUUCAAAGGAAGAACACGAGGAAUUGCUUCAAACAAUUGUUGCAGAGCAUCGGACCCUGAAAAGAAUUCACGACCUUAAGGAAGCCAGACUGGCUGGCUACCGCACACCGGCUGAGGCAGAGAUCUUUCUUGAUAAGAAGAGGAAAAGAGAAUCUGAAGAAGCUGAACGUAGAGUGAAAGAUGGUAAUCUUACAGGCCCUGGAAGUCAGGGGAAUUCAAUCAUGUUCAUACCAUCCGAAUCCGCUGGCAAGGAUUCAAAUUCACGACCAGCAGUGCAGGCUCUUUCUGGCUCUGUCAACGACUUUGAUAUGUUGGGAUUCAAUGGCGCAGAUUUUCUUUCUGAAGCUGAAAAAAGACUCUGCAGUGAAAUUAGACUAACUCCACCACUUUACCUAAGGAUGGAAGAAGUUUUAUCAGUGGAGAUUUUCAACGGUAAUGUCACCAAGAAAUCUGAUGCUCAUCACUUAUUCAAGAUUGAUCCAAGCAAAAUUGACAGAAUCUAUGAGAUGCUCAUCAAAAAGGGGAUUGCUCAGUCUUGACAUUAUUUGAUUCUAUCCUUCAUUGUUCCAAUUUUCAUUUUCUUUUUGUAGUUCAAUUAUUUACCCCUUGAUGUAAUGGAAGGAAAGUUAGAAUUUAGUCAUCUCUUUGGAAUGUAGGAGUAACUGACCAGUAUUCAUACUAGAAUAGAAUGCCAUAUUAUUAAAUUGUGUUAUAUUAUAGCUUUAAAUCAAAGUCCUUUUUGCUCUCCAA